GAGAAACAUUGACAAAUAUGGUGCUAACUGAUAACGACGGUGUUCCAAAUCACAACCCUUCCAAUAUCACACACAUCCUGUAAACUGACUUCCUGCAAUUCUUAACAUUAAUUGUUUCAGGCUGUUCUGUCUGUGGGGCCUGUAUGUAAUUAUUUAAUUAUGUAUUUAUUUUAUUUUCUACUGUUUAGAUUACGAUGCGAGCAGUCACGCUGGGAUAAACGAGACACACAAUGAAACGCGUUCGCUACUUUCGUGCACAAUGAAGUAGAAGAAAGAGGGCCAGAUCGCAACGCAAUUACUGUACGACAAAGAGCUGAAUAUCUUCAAAAUGGUGGUGUCGAAUACGACAACAACAACACAGAACUGUGAUAAUUCUUCUUCGUCAGUGACGGCCAUAAUGGCGGUUGUAGCUGGGUUAGACAACAGACACGGCAGCGAUGAGACAAUGGGCUAUGAUAAACCACAGACUGAACUAGCGGUGUUUAAAACCUUCACGCUUAUAGUCAUAAUAGCUGUGUCGGUGUGCGGUAAUGGGAUCAUGUGCUUCAUUGUUGUUAGGGACAAAAGCUUGCAUCGCCCGCCAUUUUACUUUCUUCUUAAUAUUGCAUUGGCUGAUAUGUUGAGAGCACUACACUGCCUAUCUUUCACUGCAUCAGCCGUGUCACACCAUGGCUGGAUCUACGGUAAAGCAGUCUGCCAAGUAAUAGCUUUCUUCAAUGUGCUACUCACGUUUGGGAGCGUGUUCACGCUGUUCGUGCUCGCAAUCAGUCGAUAUGCUGUUUUCAGGUAUCACAAAUUUCACCGGCUCAAAAUGUCAUUUUUAGCGUGUUUACUUGUAAUUCUAGUAGCGUGGGCAUUAGCAAUCGUGAUGGCAUUUCCCCCAGUGUUUGGAUUGGGAAGUUACACGUAUAUACCGCGGGAAUACCAGUGUAAUUACGACCAUCGUUUUUAUAAGUCUAACGACACUUUGGGUUUUAUUUUAGUUUUGGUUAUAUCCAUUAUUUUGACGCAUUUAAUGUAUCUCAAAUCAUUGAUAUUUUUGCGACACCAUCGCAAGAUGACUCCGAUUAAUUUUGUCCCCGCCAGUUCUAACAACUGGACGUUUUAUGGACCCGGCGCAACGGGACGUGCUGCUGCCAACUGGGUAACUGGUUUUGCUGGACUGGGUCCCCCUCCUCCAACUUUGGUCGGAUUCUCGCAGUACGCCAGGCGUUCUCAUCUCCACGCGCAUUUCAAAAGGGAGUCGGAGACCACACGAACUACAUACAUAAUUACCCUGGCCUUCCUUGUAUUGUGGCUACCCUACAUCAUUUACAACUACAUCAUCAUCUUUGUCCGGGACUACAAUUUUUCGGAACAAUUUGUUGCCAUGGCAACCUGGAUGACAUAUCUCCAGGUGUGCGUCAACCCGAUCAUCUGCUUCUGUUGUAACAGGAACCUACGCAAGUCGCUGAUGACCGUUGCUAAUUGCAUCAAAGGUCGGAACACGUGGAUGAACAACGAACGACAACAAGCAUACCAAUACACAGGCGAGAGGUGAUAACGUUACUCGCCGCGUGUUUCUCGUAAGGGAAGCGACACUAUUACAGUUAUAUAGUAUACUCAACGCAGGUGGACUAAAUCUGUUUCCUCGUUCAUAUCUGGCUGAACAUUUAAUGUAAUUUGUGGAUAGUUAAUAGUGUUCUAUACACUUCUUACGCGUCGUUAAUGUAAAUGGUCAGUGUCCAUUUUUGUAGAAUUAUCAUGCAGGGAUACCGCUGCUCGUUUCUGCGUAAAGCAUUAAACAGAAGCCGUCGCAUGGACGUAACAUUUCACAACACGUUUAAAUUGCACGUACCAUCCAGCCACUCAGUUGGAAGUUCCUGUAAAUACAGAUACAUUUCAUAUUGUGAUACCUCAUUAGCGUAAUGAUUUAGAAUGCGUUGACGGCUGUGAACCGUACAAUAGUGUAUACCUGAUACACUGACUAUCAUUUUGUUCUUGUUGAAAUUUGAGAUAACAACCUUACGCGAUUAAAUCUCACAGCAAAAUAGUGGCAUGGACAUAUUUUAUAAGGUCAAUUAUCACACAAUGCGACGACCAAAUAUAACGGGCGUGGGUACUUCCAUGAACAAAGUAUUCUGAGAUUAUAAUCUUUCGACGAUUAUAUCAUGGAGCUAAAAAACGAGCCCCAUGAUUUAAUUAACUUGACUUUCCCUCUUUGAUAUCAUGCUUCACAGGGGGUCUUUUUUUAAUUGGCGCCAUGGUAUACACUUAAUUGGCUAGCAUAAGUAGACUUAAAGUCCAUGAGAAACUGUCUCCUCUAAAAUGUCACAAACGUGCAUUAUUCUAUUUCUGUAAUCCCGGACACAACUAUUUAUGUCUUAUCUACGCCACCACAACACAGUUUGUACAACUGCAGUGACGUCAUGGCGGAAUUGUCACUUUUAGUGUUCUUAACGCUCAUGUUGUUCUGGGGUAAAAUUGAUACUGUGAAUAUGCAGAUUAGUUGCGAUAUAUGUUUAAAAAAAUAUAUAUUUACAAAAUGUUUGCUUUAUUUAACAUCCCACAUAAGGUGCCAUAACUGAAAUAAUUAAAUUAGAGAAAUUACCUUUGGGAAAAUAAAGAAAUUUUAAAAUUAACACUGCCUCUGAAUUUGGGAAUGAAAUCUAUUCUAGCUUAUCUCAUGUUCUUUAAUUUAAUCUCAGGUGACCCUCUUGUGCGUUUUAUAAAAUGUGUAAGUUCAGCGAAUCGGAAUUAAUGCCCUGCAACUGUGAAACGCAGACGGUGAUAUAUAUCCGGGUACAAUCGGUACUUUGUUCUCCGCACAGACUGUUUUUAAGGCUGUGGCCUCUCUUUGUGGUGAUGGUGGACGACCUCAGAGUCCAGACUGUUCUAAUGACAGACUGAAUUUUAAUGAUUACUCAUUCUGCUGAAGGCGCAGUAUCAUUGAUACGACUUGUCAGGUUAUUCAGUAACCGACGCAGUACAGCUACUCUACAAAUCAAAAUCCUUCGAUAUAAAGUGACUGCCAUCGUAAUUAAUCAGUCCACAAGUCUUUCAAUAAUACGACAUAAGAUGUAUAGAACAGUCAUCGCUUAGGGUAUAUAUUUGAAAUGCCGGUCGAAUUUUAAAAAUAAUAUCAUACCAGUGAUGAAUAAUAUCAGUUUUGUAACUUUUUGACUCGCACCGGAACCUUGCAUUGUACUCGCGUGGACAUGAUUUACCAUGUAUCCAAUCUACUCAUACUAAUUGGGUCACAUGUCAUUCACCGGUUGUACUAAUCAGUUCAUGGUGACCCAAUCGUCCACUCUCUUCCAGGAUGUUUAGUAUUUCGGUUCCCCUAAGGACUUAUUAUAGUGUAAGCUUCUUGUAUUCGUCUUGCACUGAAAUACGUAUGACGCAACUGAAAUGAGUCACAGUGUUCCCUAGCUUCUUCUUCUUUAAGAACUGUUUUUUUUAAUCUGUAUCUGCCUAUUAAUUUAUUCAAGAGAGUUCAAUAUUACAUGUUGCUGAAAACGCUCAUUUAUAUUUAUUUUAUUGAUCAUGUUUUGAUGCUUGUACGGUCACUGUCGUUAUCAGUGUUUUACCCAAAAAUCAAAUAAAUUGAUAUUAUACUGUAAAA